UGCGCACUCGGCCCUGUUGUUGAGUUUGUUAUGACAAGUCGAGGCCUCGGACUAAAUUAGGAGCGAAGCCCCGCGUCUCUGUCCGGGCGAUUCUGCGAUGGAGGGCAUGGACCUGGACCUGGACCAGGAGCUCAUGCAGAAAUUCAGCUGCAUGGGCACAACGGACAAAGAUAUCCUAAUAUCGGAAUUUCAGAGGUUGCUUGGUUUUCAGCUAAACCCCGCCGGAUGCGCCUUCUUUCUGGACAUGACCAACUGGAAUUUACAGGCAGCCAUCGGAGCUUACUAUGACUUUGAGAGUCCCAACAUCAGCGCACCGUGCAUGUCGUUUGUGAAGGAUGUGACAAUUGGUGAGGGUGAAUCAGUUCCACCCGACACACCUUUCACAAAGACCUGGAGGAUACAGAAUACGGGUGCAGAGUCAUGGCCUCCUGGGGUCUGUCUGAAGUAUGUUGGAGGAGAUCAGUUUGGUCAUGUAAACAUGGUCAUGGUGCGGUCUCUAGGCCCCCAGGAGAUGGCUGAUGUGAGCAUACAGAUGCAGAGCCCUGUGUCUCCUGGCAUGUAUCAGGGCCAGUGGAGAAUGUGCACGGCUACAGGACUUUACUAUGGAGAUGUAAUUUGGGUGAUCCUGAGUGUUGAAGUAGGAGGCCUCCUCGGCGUCACACAGCAGCUUUCUUCCUUCCAAGCUGAGUUCAACACCCAGCCUCACCGUAACCUGGAAGGAGACUACAAUCCCUUUGCCUCACCAGGGAAAAGCAAGUGCCCCAACAGCAGCAACAACAACAGCCUCCAUGAUGACAGUGGUCACAGAGUCGCAGAGGAACAUUGGCAGGGAAGCCCUAACCAGCUACAGCAAGAUCAGAAUGGACUUUCACACAACUCUGUGGAUAUAGUAGCUAACAGUCUACAAAGCAAUCUAUCAGUAGUCUCUUAUAACCAGGGUAUACAGGAGUCCUAUCCUUUUGGGCACUCCUAAAUCAUGGGACUUGACACAGUGAAGCAGCACUAAACCGUACCUCUGGAGUCUGUCACACCAAGAAGAGAGAGAAGAGGCUUUAUCUGUAGCUGGUGGAAAGUGUGAAGAUUCAAAAACACUUUAUGCAAAGUCCAGCUACACUUAGAGAAACCAGAGGCCAACGCUCCUGACGUGCAGCUCAACUAACAUCCCACAUCCACUGUAUGCACGUGUGAAUGCUAAGUUAAAAAUGAGUGCUAUGGGUCUUUUUGAGUGAUAAUUUUUUUCUGAUUUUUUUUUUUUUUUUUUUUUUUUAGUUGUCAGAGUGCAAAUGAAACAGUGAUGACAGGAGUGUGUAUUUGUGAAAUUUGUGUAUAUGUGUGUGCAUUGUGCAACCUGAAAGAGAGACUUCGGAGGAAAAGCCAUUAAUGUUGCCAACUGAUUCUCCAGUUUCUGGUCUGACUCUUAAUAUAUUGAUUGGGCCUCUGAACCAGUUCCCUUUAACUAAAUCUAAUAAUAUGGGUAUCUCUGAAACUAAGCAUCAAAUAUUGUAAUUUCUUUUUCAUCUUAAUGGUUUAGCAUAAGACGUUUAAAGAGAUCAGGAGCAUUGAUUCCUCAAGAAAUAUAUCUGAAGCUCAUUUAAAGGCCAAUUAGUUUUUACCAGUGUUUUUCAACAUGGCUUGUGCAUUAUGGGAAAUAAUUUCUAUGCUAUUAUUGUGGCUGCAAAUUCAGAUGCAAUGCAGUUUUCCUCCAGUGGAGGGAGUCGGGCCAUUACUCUUAACAAGAAGAAAACAAGUUCUGAGAAACAGAAAUCUUAUUUAUAGUAUGGCUCCUAUAAUUUGGUAAAGUUUAGUCUAGAUUCUUGUACAGGAACCUUUUUUCUAAAGCUAUUAUUUAGAGCCAACAAUUUUAUGACAUUUCCUGUAGUCAAACAGGACAUUUCUGUAGCUACUCACUGUAAAUGGAAGUAAGCCAGUUUUAUGAAACUGAAUCUGAUUUGGCAUGAAAGCUCAAAGAGUCCUGUGAGACAGUGAAGGUAUCCUCUCAUACAUUAAUUAGAUUAAUAAAAAUACAUACCUAUGAAAUAUUAGAAGACUAUUAGCAGAAAUAUUCAUUAUUGGUAAUAAUACAGUAUUAGAGAUUUCCCCAGUGAUUGUCUUGAGCUUAGCUUUAGUUUAGUUUCAUGUGCUUGAAUUAAAAUUAAAAACAAAAUAACAGGAUUAAUGUACAUUAUGCACCAAGACACUGAAUUCAAGCCAUAUGAACAGUGGUAAGACAUAACUUCACAUAAGUAAAAAGUAAAUAAUUUUGUCACUCUGAAUUCUCAUUUUAAAGCUGUUCUGGAUUUGCUUUUGUCACAUUACGUCGAAUGUAUCCGAAGAAUGUAGUCGAGCAUAACAUUUUUGGAAAGGUAAUAAUUUACCCAAAGAUUUUACAUUGUUUAAUUGCAAUGAACUGGCAGUUUAGUUAGUGCGACCAUUGUUGUGCAUUUUCCUGUCUCUUGUUAAAAUUAUGCUUAGGAUGUUCCACGUCCAAGUCUACAGAUGUUCUUUAAUGAGUGUUUUAAACACACUGGAAGUUUUUAUUCAGUUUUAUCAUUUCAGAUGCAAACUUAAUCACACCGGUAAAAUUAAACACAAAUGACAGUAGCAUGUUUUCCCUAAGAAUUGCUACUGCAUCAUUUACUUGCACUAACAGGCUGAUCUAUGCACCGAGUAACAUGUCCUCCAUGGUAAGGCCUGUGCAUACUUUCCUCCCCCACAAGCACAGUUAAGUCCUGAAGGGUUUAAUCAUCUCUGUGAUUUUAUCUGUUAUCCAAAGCCAGUGUGUUAGACCACCUUAACUGUAAGCCCCAGGGUUACUGAGCUUUGACAACAUGACAAUACCAGCUGAUACCACAACAUGUUGCAAGAAUCUUGGGGCUCUUUGCUGUUUCACAGAAUGCUAUGUGUAUCUCCUGUGCAAAAUGUUAAUGAUAAUUGUCUAUCCCUAUUGUCAGUGUCAAGUCAUCGAGUGUUGAGUGCAUUUUGUUCUUAGUGUAAUGUCUCUAAAGUUUCCACCAGCCAGAUUGCAGAAUGAAUCAGUUGGCAUUAAGACUCAUACAACAGCACAUUUAUGAGAGUGAGGAAGUGCAAACAGAUGAAAGCUUUUUUCCCCGUAUGUAUGUUUGAUGAAUGUUUGUAUGAUUAAAUUAUCACUUAAAACUGAAA